AUGGAUUUACGUCCAAGAGGAGCCCUCUCACGCAAUCGCCAUCACAACAGACUAAAGGGCAACGCAUUGAACGCUAUUCUCGCGGAGCUUCGCGUCACCAACGACUUCCAAGAGUUCUUGCAACUGGAAGUGAAGACGGAAAGGAGACGGCUCCUGCUUUUUUAUGCUGAAAAAGACCUGGAAGUGAUUCUCAAUGUUGAAUUCAUUCUUGCGGACGGCAAUUUUAAAUAUAACCCCAGUGAAUUUCACAGCCCAUGGCAAUUCUACACUGCACAUGCCAUUGUUAAACGGGAAGCGCAUCCCAUCGUUUAUGCUCUGAUGCAGUCAUGCGACGUUCAGGCCUACGAGGUUGUUUUCGGCACCUUAAAGACUUCACUUGAGACCAAGUUCGAGGGAGUCGGUGGCCUCUCAACCUCCACCACGUGGCACUUCGACUACGAGUCCGCAGCUAUCCAGGCUGUGAUGAACGUCUUCAAGACCACCGCGCGAUUUCCGAAGGUACGUGGCUGCGCAUUUCACUUUGCGAAAGCCAUUAACACCAAGCGCGACGAACUGGGGCUCAGGGCUCUUUGCCGUGACGACCCUGAGGUGAACAAAAGGUUCGUCAGAAUUCGUCACCUGCCUUUCGUUCCGGACCACUGCCACGUGCUGUUUUCAAGUGACCUUCUUGCAGCGAAACCAAAUCUACCCCAGCUGAAUGCCGCUCGCCUGGACCAGUUCAUCCGGUACUUCAGGAACUUCUGGCUAUCCCAUAGCAUUAUCAGAGAGAUUUGGGGACAGUUUGGAAAUCGGGGUCCAAGGACGACGAACGUAGUUGAGGGGUGGCACAACGGCCUGCAUAGUCGCCUUUCAAGUCGCCAUCCCGACCUGACUGAAUUUAUUCAGUUCCUUCAGGUUGCGCAGCAUGCCGCACAGAAUCGAAUUCAAGCUCUUCUGCUUGAUCCGCUCGCUGUGGCAAGACCUACAUCAAGCUUCGUCUCGGCAAGAAACGAGAGGCUCCACGCAGAAAUGGAUGCCUUUGCCUCAUUCACCAGCGGCAAUGCUGCCACCUACCAGGACGUCUGCAAUUACGUGGACAGGAUCGCGAGCACUGGUGUGCUCCCAGCGGCUACUUAA